AUGGCUUUCGGCUCCCGUGUCCGCGGCCUCUGUGUCGCUGCUGCUCUGUGCACUGCGAUCGCCGUGUCCCCCACCGAUGCUUGGGUCCCUCCGAUCAUCACCAAAGGCAACAAGUUCUUCGACUCGAAGACGGGACUCGAAUUCCGUAUGAAGGGAAUGGCCUACUACCCCCGACCCAACAGCGGAGAAAUGGCCGAUGUCGGUAACUACGACUGGGCUGCGGAUGAGCACGAAGACGUGUGGAAACCGCACUUGGAGGUGAUGAAGGACCUCGGUGUCAACACGAUUCGUCUGUACUCCGUAGACCCGGGCAAGGCGCACGACAAGUUCAUGUGUGCGUGUUCCAAUCUUGGCAUCUACGUGCUCGUCGGUAUCACGGCGCCGUGCGAGAACUGCUCCGUGCUGGACUACAAGCCGCCAAAGUGCUACCCUGAUGACUUGUUCACCCGCGCACAGAUGGUGUACAAUGCCUUCGCCGUGUACGACAACACUCUGGGCUUUAGUGUCGGUAACGAGAACAACUUGCAGGUCGAGAACGGAGCGCACGGAACGACCACGGCCCCGUGUGUCAAGGCCUUUCUGCGUGAUACUCGUAGUUACGCUGCGAGCUGCUCGGGCUCGGUCCGCCAGGUGCCGAUCGGUCUGGACAUUGCCGAUAUCCCUCCUCGUGAGCAGUGGAUCUCGUACUACGACUGCGCUAUCGACGACGACGAGAACUCGCGUGCCGAGUGGAUGGGAUUCAACCCGUACGUCGAGUGCGACCCUGCUACUCACCUCAAGUACUCGCAGUCCACGGGGCUGAAGAAACUCAUGUCGGAGUACGCCAAGGUUGGCUACGCACGUCCACUGAUGUUUGGCGAGUUCGGCUGCAACAAGGGAAUCAACACGGUCGACGGCUUCGAGAACCAGCGCUCGUUCCUGGAUGCUCAGUGGAUGAACGAGGAGAAGGAAAUGACCGACGAAAUUGUGGGUGGCAACGUGUUCGAAUUUACUACGGAGAUUGCCAACUUGGUUGAGAGCAAAACUCUAACCAAGACUGGAGACGCCGGCAAAUACGGUGUGGGGUACUUCCUGCCGGAAGACUGCGACAACAACCAGACGGAGUGCGUCUUCACGCCCUACCCGGAGUACGACAACCUCAAGAAGGCGUACACGAGCACCAAGAACUCGACGGUUGAGCACGACAGCUACGAGCCUACGCGUGACACCAUCAUGACGUGUCCCAAGAACAUCUCGAGCGAGCUGCCGCCUACGCCCAAGGUUCCCGUCCUCGAGUGCACCAUCACGCAGCCAGUGUGCAACGGCGUCAAGGCCAACAGCUACGAGCACUUCUCUCCCAGCACCGCGGUGGGUGCGAAGCGGAAACCGACGAACGAGGAGAACCCCGACACUGCCGUCACGGAUGCCGCGGCCGGUAGCAGCGGCGCAAGUGCGACGGCUUCUGCGGCUGCGCUCGUCUUGUCUGUGGUUACGGUUGCCGUCACUGCCCUGUCCGUCUUCUAG